GUUUUUUGCGCAUCGUACUUGAAUAUUUCCGAGUAUUCCGAGUGUAGUAUAGUAUUCCGCCGUACAAAUAAAUGACACGCAAUAGAACCAAUAAAAAACGAUGCGCAGUUUUUAUAAAUCAAGUGAUUGCAGAGACGAAAACUGAACUGAACAGUAAAUCUGUAAUUUGGUUUGUGAAGUUUCAUAACAGUGCGGGUACUGCAGGAUAGUAGUAAAAUUGAAUGUUUUGAUGUCAUGCAGAGGCAUGACUUCCAUGCCCUGCGAUACGGAAGGGCGUGCGGUGCAGAUUACGUUUACUAUGAAUGAUUUUAUCUCUUUCUAAACUCUAGUGUCUGUGAAUGACCGAGUGAAAUAGCGUACCAAAUUAUGGAUUGAAUAGUGUUGUUGAUGUAUUUUGUUAUUUUCAUAACGUAACGCGAUUAGGAUAAAAUUAUUGUUAUCGUGGCCGCGAGGAAUCAGUGUGGCGAGUGGCUCGGCGCCUCGGAGCCGCAUAUACGGAACUGCGUCGGUUCGCGAAUCGGGCGUUAGAUUUAUCGUCUGGCGCGUUACUAUUUACGCACUUUUCGAAAAAGAUAGUACGUAUUUUUAGUCGCCGCGCGUGUUUCACGUGAACCGUCGGGAGCGUCUCGUCAGGUCGGGUGACCGCGGUCGCGGAAUUCGUAAACAACCUCAAGGUCGGCGGGCAUGUGCCAGAGUCGCUAGGGCUGCGAUGCGGGCACGCUGACAUGUCUGCGGCGGGCGGGGGCGGCGCGGGCGCCGUGGUGCGCCAGGGGCACCUGCGGAAGCUGAAGACUAUGAAGAAGAAAUACUUCGUGCUGCGAGCGGAGAGUGCAGAUUGCUCGGCUCGGCUGGAUUACUAUGAGUCUGAGAAGAAAUUUCGUGCUGGCGCGGCGCCUCGCCGCGUUUUACCUCUAAAGAGUUGUUAUAACAUUACGCGCCGCCUGGACCUUAAGCAGAAGCAUGUGAUAGCACUAUUUACUCGUGAAGAACAGUUUUGUGUGGUGGCAGAGAAUGAGCCGGAGCUGCAUGGCUGGUUGACUGCCAUCUUGCGACAACACUCCUCCGAUGAGAACAGCGAUGAACUCCUACAUCCUAUCCAACACGUUUGGCAAGUAAAUGUACAGAAGAAAGGACUGGGAGCGUCCAAGAACAUCCAGGGGCUGUACAACCUGUGCUUGACGGACAAGACGCUGACACUUGUCAAGAUCAAGAGCCACAACAAUGUCAUCAGUGAUUUAGGCAUCCCGGAGAAGAUCGAGUACUCCUUGAAGAACAUUAGAAGAUGCGGCGAUUCAGAGUGUUUCUUCUACAUGGAGGUGGGCCGGCAAACGGCGACGGGCGACGGCGAGCUGUGGAUGCACACGGACGACUCCAACAUCGCCCAGAGCAUGCACUCCACCAUCUACCAUGCAAUGCGCAACUGUGCGAAAGAGACAGAGAACGAGAGGGAUCAUAUCACGAUGCCGAAAUCAGACGACGAGCAUCCUCGUCCUCGACGGCAAACGGUCUCCGAAGGCCAGAGGCCUAGAGCAGGCCUUUCCAACGAAAAGGGCCUCUGCGUUGGCUCAUGCAUUAGACAAUGCGUGUGUUCAACCAACACUUACUCCAUAGAUGACUCGGCGGCCGCCAUUGCGCCUCUCACCACCAACGCCGAGAACCAACCACCGAAUAACUCACUAAUAACCGAUAAAACUGACCAUCCUCGUCUCAUAAAACACCACCGAACAGUCUCACUACCGACCGGGUGCCCGCUCUUUCAAGAACCGCUCAAGAUAGUCCACGAGCGGACGAGAUCUGCACCUUUAACUGGGGACGAAGUAGACAGGGUCACUAUAGAGAGAGCUCAGAGGCACUCUUCAUGCAAAGCCGUCAAUGGAACUGAGACGUCGAAGAAAACGCAGUGGAACCGACGCGCUAGUACGGGGGCGCGGCUGUCUAAACUCUCGCCCGCUCAUACAAAGAACGCUGCCGGUCCGUUUAGGAAUCGUUGCGAUAGCAUGCCUUCGAAGGCGUUUAAGUCUUUGGAGGUGGAAAGGCCACCUACACGGCAUUCGGAGCUCAUUGAAGGCCUGAGUGCUUCCCACGAUGAAGCUGAUGCAGUGGAGUGGCACCGCACGCCGCGGAUACCCGAGGAACCGGAUUACUGCGAGAUGGGACCCCGGGAUAGGUUUAGUAAAUUGGGUCGCGAACCAGCGAGCCAUUCCCGGACCUCCUCAAUAGCGGCCUCCGAGACGUCUCCAGAAAACGUCAACGAUGGCUACCUUCCCAUGGCACCAGAGUACCCUGCUGCGAAUGAUGGCUACCUUCCCAUGGCACCACUAGACCAUGGCCUGGUAUCGGCUUCUAGCGGCUCUGUGUGUAGCGGGACGCCUUCGACAGACCCUCGGUUUAGCGAAUACCAGCUGGAACCAGCCAUGUCGCACAUUAUCGACGCGGACGAGCGGCCCCCUCGAGCAUACAGCGUGGGCUCGCGGCCCGCGCCCUCGCGGCCCGACGUCACCCGUCUCCGGGCCUACAGUGUGGGCGCCCGCAACAACCGCGUGAUCCCCCUGCCCGCGCACAAGCCGGGCGCGCGCGCCUCGUCGUCGGCGCCGCUGCUGCCGCGCGCCUCGGCCGACGACCUCAUGGAGCUGGACUUCUCGCACCCCGACCCCAAGUCCGCCUCCGCCUCCGCCUCCGCCAAGGUGAUAGUGUCCCUGACGCCCCCGGCGGGCGGCUUCGUGCACCCGCACCCGCACCCGCGGCCGUCGAUGCCGCGACCGCACACGCGCGAGGAGGACGUGGCGGGCUACGUGGAGAUGCGGCCCGGCGCCCUGGGCCGCGAGCCGCGCCGCGUCGCCACCACGCCCGAUGGCUACGUCGAGAUGAGCCUCGGCUCCAGAACGCCCCUCCGGCCGGCGGUCCUCGCGUCCUCCCCUCAAACCCGCUCCGUCCUAUCGGACACCCUCUUCCCUCUCACCCUGGAGUCGCCUCCGGAAAGCGUGGAGCCGGAACCGGCGAAGCCGGAGCCUAAACCGGAUCCGGCCCCGGAGUUGCAUCACCCGCUUACGACUUUGAGGGAGAUCUCCGAGGAGUGUCCAAGGAAAAGUCCCGAGCUGGCGUCGUCGCCUUCGUACGUGGCUCUCAGCCGGCAAAGCACUCGCGUGGACGCGGAGAAGCAAGGCAACCCGACUAUUGUUAAGGCGGGUACAGCGUCAGGGCCGGCGCGCUUCGACCCUCGUCCUGCGGCCCCCGCCCCCCUCAACUACGCCGCGCUCGACCUCGAGCAGCGCGCCGUCGCCGCACCCCCUCCCCCUCGCACCUACACGCAGAUCGACUUCCUGCGCAGCGAGAAGCUCGCCGCCGACAACUAGCCCGCUCACACACCCGCCCACUACAGCUAGAGGGUAAGGGACAGCGUGUAUAUUAGACUAUAUGCGUAUGUGUGCCGAAACAAGCGCGCGGAUACUCCAGUGUCGACUAAUGUGCGCCGACAACUAGCCCGCUCACUCCUCUACCCGCCACAUGUAGCGAGAAAGAGAUGACGGCACCGAGUGUCUAUCCACCACUGGUACGGAAUAGGACAGCGCUACGUGUAUAAUAGAGUAUGUGCGUAUGUGUGCUAGUAAGCGCGCGGACGCUCCGCCGUCGACUAACGUGUGACAAGCUCGCCGCGGACAACUAGCCCGCUCACCCUACUGUUCAUCGCGAGUAGCGGGAGCGAGAUAGACGACAUGCGUGCGUGUGUGUAUAUAUCCGCUGUCGAAUGUCGAUAUUUAACUUACCGUUGAACCUUAUAUCGUUGUGAUAAGGCGUACUACUGAUCAGUUAAUUCUGUCGACGAUCGACUUCAAACGAAAGGCAAAGAGCACGCUGCAGACAAAGGAAUCUUGAAUCUUAUAUACAGUAGUUACGUUCCAUAUUCAAAUAGCGGCACAACAGAUCGCUGCCCUACCACUUCAGUAUGAAUACUAAACUACUGUGUAUAAGAUUCAAAUUCGUUUGUCUCUUGUAAGACUAAAAAAAUAAAUAUCACACAUAAUUAGUGUUGAUUGCAGCCUUAUAUAAUCAAUACACACACAUAUGUCGCUGUCGUUGUAUGUAUACAUAUGUUGUCGGUAAUAUAAGGCGAAGUUAUAGCCGAGUCGCCAUUUAUUGUGUUAAGUCGGAUAAAUGAUUGAGAGAAUUGAAACGCGGGCUAGCGACUGUUUAAACGUUCUAAAAAAACUAUUACACAAAACUAUAAUAGGAAAUACUUAUGUAAAUUGAAAAAAAUCUGAUUAUUAAAUUAAACUUUAAAUCGUAAUAUUUUUCAGUCAGUAAUUUCUGACAAAUGUGUUCGAUAUUAACUUUAAAUCACAUUACUAGAUUGAAAUGUAAAAUCUACAUGUGGUCAAUAAAACACUUCUAACCAGUUAAAAAAUUCUUAAAAGUGUCUUGGCUUUACGGACUUUAAUUGUUGAGCCAUUUAGGGUUCACUUUACAUUGGACAUUGCAUACCGUUAGUAGUGACAACCAAAUUAUCUUGAACCCUAAAUAAAAAAACGCGUUUAAACAGUUCGCAAUGCCCAUUAUGAGAGACUGUUGUUUAUGUAAGUUGGUAUCAUUAUUCGAUGUUCAAGCUUUGAGGAAUACAGAUGGGCGUUUUCUAAAAUAAAUAUUGAAAACCUGAUUCUCACAGAUCCUUGGUGUUUUUGGGUUCUUUCAAUUCAGAAUCACUAGCAUAUUUAUAUCCUGAUGAUAAAAAAAAAUAUCCCAAAAAAUUGUAUGAAAAUUGUACAUUCCACAGUGGAAAGUCAACUACGUCACGCAAUAUGAAAUUUUUCCACACUAAAACUUAGAGGAGCAGCCCUACCCAACCCGUCUACCUCUAAUCUGUACUAGCGUCGUUUUCUUGUCGUUGCUCAUUUCUGUUUUUUUUAUAAUUUUACAUUUUUAAUCAAUAAAUAUACUUUUCAACACACUUGCUCAAAACGCGUGCUCUUUCAGUAUAUUAUUCCACUCGUGCUUUUUCAUUAUAUUAUCCUACUGAGUUAAGAAGCUAACUGAUUGCUAAUAAUAUGCAUGGAAAGGGAGCCUUCUUUAAUUGGUCGUACUCGCGGGCACCGGCGCGCCCGACCACCUGCGCGGUGCGCGGCCGCGGCCGGGGCGAGCGAGGGCCGGCCGGCAGUACGAGUAUGACAGGUGAAACACACAAUACACUGUUUUAACUAUUAAAAUUUGAUUAAUAUGAAAGUUUCUUUUUUUUCUCGCAAGUGUGUUGAAAAACGUCGUAUGAAACGCGUGUGCAUUGGUCAUUACACACAUCGGCUUUCUUAUUGCGCGCUCGCUUACAGCUCGCGCGCACAAUAUUGCCUCGUGUGUAAUGACCGACUUAGCACACUUGUAUCAUAAUGUACUAUUAAACUUAGAGGAUAUAACCAACCUCCAAGCACUAAAACGUGACGUAAUGUAAUGGACAUUUUGUGACAUCUUUUUUUAAUGGAAGGAUGGAGAAUGCUGUCAUUUCUGAGUAGAAUGAGCCCAAGAAUCUCCAGAUUUGAAAGAAUCAGGUUUUCAAUAUUUAUUUUAUAAAACGUCCAGAUUCGAAGGGAGAUGGAAACGCGAAUUUGAACUGUAACGUAUAUAGUUUAAAGUUUUUAUUGCCAUGGUUCCAUCUCCAGAUUCUUGUAAGAGCGCGUGGCUAGAGGCAUAGUAAAAAGAGAAAAGUAGGAGGAUUAAAGAGAAACGAGAGCGUACUAAUUGGAUGUCGUAUGACGUUUCUAUAUUAGUGUCCUACUUUUUAUCUCUAUACUGUGUAAAGUAAGAUAAUGUAUACACAUUUAUUUUUUAUUUUUCAAGUUACAAAUAGCUCUAAAUCUUCUCGCUAGCUUCUGAUACUAUUAAUUAAUAUUUCGUUAUUAAUAUUAUUAAAAAACGGUACGCACGUAUUAAAAAUAUCGAAAUUUGAAUGUGCGAUAUCCAUUUAAAAGUGUAUAAUGUGUAUACAGCGGAAUAAAAUGAUAUUUUAAAAAGUAUGAUAAUUAUGUAACAUUGAUUUCGCUGGAAGCUAAAGAUAUAUUUCUAUAUUAUUAAUUCAUCGUCAUCCAUGUUGCUAUGUAAUGUCAGAGACAAGUAAAGUAACGUCUGGUAAUCUCCAUACAAAGUUGCGUUAUUGUUGUAAAAACGAAUACGACUUUGUAUAAAUAUUACCAUUUUGUUUUAAAUGUCUUUGGCAAUAUCUAUCGUUUAUUAUAAUUGGUCUAUACGUGUACUUAUUCUCUAGCCGCCCAGAGGCCUAUAAAUAGGUCUCCCGUUCCAUUGUAUUUUGAAUCUUUAAUUUGACAAAUCAAAAUUGCAUUUGUCUUGGCAAGUUUUAAUUCGUGGGCGGCUAGAGGAGGUUAUUAUCGUCUAUUUAUAUUUAUAACUUGAAAUCACUACUUGUAGUACAAUAGCGGAAUGCAAAAAGCAAUAAAAAUAUAAAAUAAAUGUGCGCAGGUAACAACAGUGGCAAAGGAAAGAGCAUAAAUAUAAUUUAAAAUAUAUAAAUAACCUAAGGUUCUGCAUACAAAAUACUUAAACUUGAGUUUAACCCCUCGAACGCCCAUGUCAAAAAUUUGCUACCGAAUUGACCUUGAAAUUGUACAUUAAAGUUCAAAUUGUCUGUGACGUAUACGGGACAAGGCAUUCGAAGGGUUGAAUUCAACUCUAUACUUUGUGUGUGUAGUUUCAAAUUUCGUCGACUGUAUUUUUGUAGCGGGCCUUAGGAGAACAUAGGGAGUAAUAGAGCGAUUUUCAAUUUCAUUGUAAUUAUUUACUCAUGACGCAUCGCGUCGGUACUAUCUCUCCUACUGAAACCCAGUGGCCUUUAAGAAGGACAAAUUUUAAAAUUAUUUUUUUACUUUUAUCAAAUAACACAACUGUCCAAAUUCAUAAACAAAAAAGCAUCUGGGAUUCAGUUAGCUAUAAAAAACCUUAGAUAAGUAUUUAUGUAAAUAGGUUCGGAAGUGCUUAACACUGAUGGCUACGCCUAUCGUGUGCGGCGCGUCAUUAUGAACCUUAUCGGUAUGUACGAAGAUUCAUAUUGGACUGUAGCCGCGCCGUUAAACAUUCUGAGCAUGAAAACAAAACUUUGGUUUGAGAAAAUAAAAUACGAAAAAAUUUGAUAAUCGCUCAAACGCCUGACUUGAAGGUCGGGCCCCUGUGCCAGGGUUGUGAUGGAGGCCUAAAGUAGCACACUCAGUUUAAGUUCCCUACGAUAUACUACCUAUUGUGUUCUUAGAGUACUCUGUUCACUAAAGUAUUGUGCAAUUUUUACCACACGAGUAAAAUAGUUAUUUCUACACUGUUACUGUUUGUUGUUGGCCUGUACUUGGCUAUUUGAUCCAUUCCUGAUUAUACUGAUUCAUUAUUUAUUUAUACGUACGCGAUUUACUUCUGGAUGUAUCAUAUUUGAUACAUGAACAGUCAAAAGGUUACGUUUUUGUCGCUAGAGAUUUAUAAAGUCAUCUGUUCUUUAAAAAAGGUUAUACAUUUUGUAUUUAUCCUCCUGAGUCCCGAUGUUCUUUUAAAAGGACAAAAUGAAGGUUCCAAAUUCAAAACUACAAAAAUGACUGCCACUUAGGAGGAUAUAGCGACGUCCACUAACCUCGCUUGUAAAAAUUCCAUACGUUUUCAAUCAUAUAAUCACGAAUGGACAUCAAUUUUAUAAAUUAACAAGUAAUCAUAUUACAAUGAAAUAAAUAUAAUGAAAACAAUUUUAAGGCUGACGAUCGAUUUUAGAGAUACGAAAUCGAUGUGGUUCAUAACUCGGUUGAUUACUUGUUAAGAAAAUGUAGUCAAGUUAUAAAUGAAAUACUCUGAGCUUGUUUGGAAUUGAACCUUUACUCGUUCCCUAAGGCGGCGUCAAAAACUGUACUAAAGUAAGGACGCUAGGCACAUUUUACAUUACUUCCGUACACUAAUUUCGUACAUUGUCCCGCCAUUUCCUAUCUCUAUUGCAUGCACAUAAUUAUACUGCUGUCCCACUCGCGCAGUUGCAUUGGCAAUAUACAGUACAAUCUCACUAAUCCGGCACUAAUGCUGACACUAGAGAGCCAGAUUACUGGAAGCAGGCGUGGCUUACUUCGCGAUUUCGUCGCGCCGCUACAAGUAUAUGCGGGCCACACCAAUUUUGGUGUCUAGCCAUAGUAGUUGCCGCGCACGGCUACGGAACGGACGCCUGCUCGCGCUUGCGCCACCUUGCGGUCAUAUCUUUUGUUAGAGUUUAGUUAGAGAGGCGUUUUGUUAAAGUGAACCUACUGUACCUAGUACUAUUAUUUAAUCUGUGCUAGAAGUUUCUGUUCUAUUCAAAUCUGCAUAAUAUUUUGAUGUGUUUUUAGUAGGUAUUUAUGUUUUAGAAUAGAAAUACAUUUUACUAAAAUACUAAAUUCAAAGUAAAUUCUACUUUUAUCUGGAACAUAACCAUUUAUGUAUAAAGAGAUUGAAUUGCGAUAAUCUAAGCGCACAUAGUAAAUAUGCAUAUGGCAUAGAAUGAUCAUUUGUACCCCAAUUUAUGACCCCAUUUGGACCAUCGAAGUGCCGGAUUAUCGAGAUUUAAUUGUAAUGAAUUAGCAACUAGCGGGUCAGUCUACGAAAUUAUUCGUGUUUAGUAUCCUUACUUUAGUUUUCCUCGCGUCCUUACUACAAUUAAUUUUAUACUAGCAGUCGGUCGUGUAAAAACCUUAACACAGUUGUAGGAUUAUUUAGCUUCAUAGUAAUUUUGCACAAGUUUGCUUAAAACUGCUUUUAAACGCCAGCCAUAUUCUUUGUGACAAGUUAAUGUUGUCGCUUCGCACGCUGAAAUAAAAUGUACAGCAUUAACGUAAUAGUAUACAGGGUGACCUUAGCCAUUGGACACACCCUGAAAUCCCACGUAGGGUUACUGCUCAGGAAUGCACUAAUGUUGAUAUUUUUUUAAUAAGAACAAAAGAAAAAAAAAUUCAAAUAAAAGUUGUUUCCAAUAAUCGACAACAAAAAGAAACAUACUGUAUGCGAAAAUAUGCGGCAAUGAUGUCAUUUGUCAAAAGUCAGAAUCUUAUGUCAUAAAUAAAAAAGAUAUUAAAAAAGGUCGAAGAAGGUUUCAUACUUUAACUAUAAUAACUAACUAUUACUUUAACUAUUAGGUUUCAUACUAUUUAUGACCUCAGGAGCUACUAACACAUACGCCUGCUCCAACGAAAAAACCUAAUUUGUUAAUUUCUUCGUAACCGCUACACCGGUUGUUAUGAUACUUUGUAUACUGCUUCUGAAUACCCUAAUGCGUAUGUACAUUUCGGCUUUGUCCAAUGCCUAGGGACAACCUGUAUAUUGGAUUCAUUGGCGGUUGAAACCUUUAGAAAGUAAAAUAUUAAUACCGAUGGCAUUGAAACUAUCAAGCCUACGGGACCCUCACGCGACCCUCACGCGACCUAAGAUUUAUACUUAGACAUCGCGCCCAGUAGGAAGUGCAAAUUGAAUACAAUUCGAUCGACCAAUCACUGCUUGUAUAUUGACGUUAUUGUAAUUCUCCCUAGCAUUGCUCAGUAUUCUAAAACAGGCUCAGACUCUAUGUACGUAAACGAUGUGUUCAAUAAAGUAUCUGUUCACAGUGUUCACACCCAAAUUAUAUCGUGAAUUAUAUAUUUCACCAGCGUUUGAGAUUUUAAAACAGGUAGUUCGCUUAUUUUCUUUGUUAUGAGUGGUAUUUAUUUCGAGUUGUUAUAUAUUGUGGAAGUAUUUUUGUUUAAGGCUUAACAAAAAAUUUAAAUCAAAAUGUGUUACGGAGUAUUUAUUAAUACUUGUAAUGAUGUAGAUUUUUUAUUGACCUAUUGAUGAAAAUGUAUUUCUUUCAUCAAUAUGUUCAGCUAAAUGAAAGACAAAUAGCGUUGGCAUUAAGGUUGCAGCUAAUAUUAAGUUAAAUAGCAUGGCGUGUGCUAAAAAAAUGCUUUUCAAAGUCAGCUCUCAGUUGUAUCAUAUAUGAUACAUAAUCAUUCGAGAGGUUUCGUUCUGCGUAGGAAAGAGGUUAAGUAAAUUUGUAUCUUAUUUGAUACAAAACGGUCAAAUCGUUGAUACCAAUGUUUCGUAACACAUUGUAGCAUGGAAUUAAAUGCAUGGAUAUCAUACUUUUAAUUGUUGAUUAUUAAGUGUGUCGGCUCUGUGACCUAUGGUCAAUGUGUUCUGUUUUAUUUUUAAUGUUGUCGUUGUUCAAAAUAUUCCACUUUGUCUACUUUCAACAAAAAACAAUGGUAGUAGACAAUGUGGCAUCUUUUGCAUGUGAACGUCACAAUUUUAUGCAUUUUUUUAUCCACCGAAUGUUCCUUUUAUUGUUAAUUUAAUCUUUUAAUGGGGUUAUCCAUUAGUAUCGGUAAUGAAAUUGUAUUUUAAUGAUUUUAUUGUUUAAAUGGUAGUUGCCAGUACAAUUUACCAAUGUAUUAUUUGGCUCCAGUGAGCUUUUCUAUUUUAAUUGGCUUAUUUUGACACUAUAGAGUCGACAACACUGUUUUUAUUUUCCCGAAAAUCGUUUUCGUUAUUGUAUUAUAUGUAUACGCUGUAUAAAUAGUUUUAAGUGAUCGUUAUACAAAAACAAUAGUUCCACAAUCUUUGUUUGUGUAAGUGCAAUUUGAAGUCUUGUAUGUAAAAGGGCCCUCCAUAUUGCGACCUUUUCGCAAGUUCUUAAUUAUUAUUUUUAACUUAAUCACAUAUUUUAAGAGGAAAUCUGUAUGAAACAUUUCUAUAUUACUGUAACAAGUAUCAGAAGUUUUAAUAUUCUUUUACAUCUUACACAUUCAGAUGUCAAUAAAAAAACCGGCCAAGUGCGAGUCGGACUCGCGCACGAAGGGUUCCGUACCAUUACGCAAAAAACGGCAAAAAAUCACGUUUGUUGUAUGGGAGCCCCACUUAAAUAUUUAUUUUAUUCUGUUUUCAGUAUUUGUUAUUAUAGCGACAACAGAAAUACAUCAUCUGUGAAAAUUUCAACUGUCUAGCUAUCACGGUUCAUGAGAGACAGCCUGGUGACAGACGGACAGACAGACAAACGGACAGCGGAGUCUUAGUAAUAGGGUCCCGUUUUUACCCUUUGGGUACGGAACCCUAAAUAAUUAAAUUGCUACCUACACUUCUGAUUCUUGUAACUGUAAUGAUGGUCUACAAACUUUAAAUAUGUCCUACCAAUUUGUUAUAACUUUAUAAGAAAACAUCAACCUGACCGUAAUUAAUUAAUUAUAUUAUACAGGAUGAUUUCGGGGUCGUUAAGUAAGAGAACAAGACACCAUACAGAAUUCAAAUGUUUAUCACCAUGAUGAUAAUUUUUCAGAUGACAAGUCAAAAAAAAUUUUUUUUGCAUACAAUUUGGUUACUCUACUAAAUGUGACGUCUUGUCGCUUUCCAUACAGCGUAUUUAAAAAGUCAUAGGGUGACCAUGAUUACUUAGUAUAAGAUUUUUUUUUAUUGAGAAACAAACAGUCUUAAAAUAAACAUGAGCAACUUAGCUAAUAGCUACAAAUAGAUUUUUUAUAGACCUAUAGUUUCCUAAUUCACGUAUCGAGGUACAAUUAAAAAGUAAUGAUAAAUAGUGCAAACUGCAUUUUACUUGAAAAAUAACAAAAUUAUCUUUUAAUCAAAUACUACCAUAUGAUAAUGUGGAUCAAUAAUAGAGUCAGAAAAAGUGGUUUCGGAUUACGACCCACAAAUCAUUCUGUAUAAAUAUCGCAAUCGAAGUAGAUUAAAUUAUUGAUGCUAAGCGCGAAUAAUUUCGUACGCUGACCCGCCAUUUCCUUUCUUUAUCGCACGCGCAUAAUAAUAUUGCUAUACCGCUCGCACAGUGUCAUUGACCGCCGGCACAUGAGCAGAACCGCAAUAUAACUAAGCGCGUGCGAUAAAGAUAGGAACAGGCGGGUCAGUCAGCGUCCUUAUUUUAAUAUAACAAUCUUAGGCCAGGUUUUAACGUUUUUAGACCUCAAAAUGUCAGAGACUCUAUUAACUAAACAGAAUGGAUGCCACAUUCCAACAAUCAGAAAAAAAAACAAUCGGACUAGUCUUGUUCAAAACUGACAUAGUUGAGGGUUGAACGCGUCAAGUUUAUUUACGAUCGAAAAUUGACCUUAUAAUGUUCACAACUUUAUUUUCUAAAACUGAAGUAGUAGUAAACACUUUAUUGCACAAAAAAAAUGGACAUAACACAGAGAGGAUACAGUAAAUGUGUACAAAGUGUGUUUCUACAGUUUUAGAAAAUCCGUUGGUGGCGUACCGGUUCACAAAAUUGUUUAAAUCAACGAUUGUAUUCGGAAAUUGAAUUAUUGAUUACAGCGCCAUCUGUUGUCAAAUAAUGGUAUCUUCACUGGAAAAAUACCCUCAUUUGGGUUAAUAUUGUAUAAAACUAUUUAGUAAAAUCCAGUAUAGUAAGCCGCUAAACCGGUUUCUGACAAACGGAAAAGAACUAAUAACAUGUUAGGUUUGAAAUCAUAAACUUUUCACGUCAAUCCCUGUUAUUCUGAGGAUAGUUACAUGCGAAUUGAGUCUUAUGAUCAUAAACAUAAAACUGAUAUUCCUUUUUAACGCAUACUAUCCUUAGAUAAGUCGAUACGCUUUUUACCACGCUCUUAAGAAAACGUUUAUUAAUUAAGAAGUAUUGGGACCUGUAUACAAAUGCCUGACUGAGAUAACACCAAAUUUUUAAUGUUAAAAACGUUAUUUAUUCUGGUUUGUACUGGUCUGGGUCGAGCUAGCAACUAAUUUGAACCCUAGCUGCUUAUGAAUAAAGUCCAUAUUUGACCUACUCACAAAUCAAAGUACAAACAGUAUUGCCAUAUCCGUGAGGCCUCUUUAGACGUCAACCACAAAAAACAGCUUUAACGUCUAUUGUAUAGAGUUCAAACUGAAACGACGAAGAUACCUAAAUGCUCGACCCAGUUAAAACCAAUGGAGUCACUGAAUUAAAGCUCAUAAAAGUACUGGUCGACUCAUAAGAGCUGGCAUGAUUGGAAUGAAUGAUUGAGUGGCACUGAAAAUAUCUAUGUGUGUAUCACAAUAAGCAAGGUGUCACUCAUACAAUGAAAGUUUCGUUCUUUCCAUUCAUGCCAGCUUUCAUGAAUCGACCUGUACUAUAGUUGGUCAAAUUUAAAAAAAUGUAAGCGCGAAGGGCUAUCGUCUCAAAGAAAAUUUGAACUUCGCGCCUUUUUCUACAGACAAGAUUUGCUUGACCAACUAAUAGUAUCGCAAUUUAAUCGUGGUUCACAUACCAAGUAAGUACUCGAAGCUUUAAACUGCCAGGAACAGAACGGGUUUUUUUUUUCAACGAUUUCGUUCUUUUUUCUUUAAUCGUGCGUCUCUACUCCAAUCAUUAAGUCCUGUUUGUGGUUAUAAUUUCUUUCAAAUCAAGGUGAAAAUAUAGUGUUGAGUUAUUUACUUACUUGGCUUAAACUUUUUAGGUUUUUUUACUACUGUUUCUUGUUACUUGUAACUCUAAUUACCUCUUUUUAGCUUAAUAAAAAAUCAAAUUGCUGUGUUUUCUAGUGAUCAAUCCCAACAUUAGAACAUUAGAAAUACAACUAUAAUUUUAAGAAUUAUUCCCUCACUCCAGGGCUAAAUUGAUUGGAGAUUAAAUUUGAAACAUGCGCAAUAAUGCAGCAAUCGGGCUUGCCUGGCGUAACGUAGUACAAUUUGGCGUAGCCAUUUUUAAAAUAGGAAAUCGUAUUCUUUAGACGAAUCUAUGAGCCUUUUGUUUUUGUAUACGAAUAACUAGCCGAGGGGUCUGUGUAGUAUAAAGUAGAACAUUGCAUCAAAAUGCAUAUUUUAGUUCACGAACGUUUAUAUUCGAAAGACUGUAUUUUGAAUACAGCGCCAUCUAUUGUCAGUUUGUGGUAGCUAGAAGUUGAAACCUACCCUCAUUUAGCUUAAUAAAGUUAAACUGUGAAAAAUAGGUAAUGUGUGCAAAAUUGACAUAUAGGUACGUUUUCUAGGAUGAAUGGUCAGACCUCAAACGAGUGACAGUUUAGUCGAAAUUAGUUCAACGCUAACUCCUUAAGCGCUAAAAAAGGGUUAGUUAAUAGGUAUAUGAUACCGGAAAGGCACCUGAAUAAUCAGUUAGAACAAAAAAACUUAGUAUUUUUUUUUCGCUAGAAAUGGCAGAGAACCCUUUAUUACAAAAGGCAUAUGUCGAAAAAAACAUAGUAAUAUAUCAAAUUAUUCGAUUGGCAGACAUAUUAAACCUUUAACUUAACCGUUUAAUAAGUUAUCGUCCGGCGGACUGAUAGUCAGUGGGCCCCUUUAGUGUAACGCUUGAGUUGGGCGUGCGUCGGGGCGGGGCGUGCGGCGUGCAUGUUAAACAAAUGCAAACGUAUAGGAGUGGCCUUAGUGCACGUGCACGCUGCUCACAUCACUUGUGAGCCCGACGCCACGCUGCACGCCCCGACGAACGCUCCGCUUCGAGCGUCCACUCAGGUCUUACACUUAAGCGGUUAAAAUAAGGCGCUUCUAAAGGCUUUAUUCAAAAACUCUUGUUAAGUCUAUCAAACCCUUGAUAAUAAUUUUGUCCUUAUCUGUCGUUUUGUGUUUUUUAGAAAGAGACCAAAUUUAACAGAGGUUUGCUAAGUUUUAUGAAUAAGGGGAUUUAUACCAACAAUAACAGGGAAUUGUCAGAAUAGUUCGAUAAGAUGAAGGAUGUAACAGUCCGAAACUAUUAGGCGUGUCAAUUUUCGACUUCAUACGACUAUACGUUUUUAUAGUCAAAUUGAAGAUAUAUUAUUUUGAAAGUUAGAAUACACCAACACGGACCCCUGGCUAUAAACAUAAGUUAAGCAAAUACGCAGAUAGCUAGCCACCUCGCAACUUAGAACCAUGGUUAGAAACAUUAUCAUUAUUAUAUAUACACUUUUAUUCCACUUAGUGUAAGUUGUGUUGACUUUAAACUAGGUCUAAGGAUAGAUGGGUAGAGUUAGUAUAAUCUUAACUGUGCAGAACGAUGACGUAACGAAUCUCCUUUUAAAAUAUGCCAUAUACACUCAUAUAUACAUAUAUAUUAUAUUAGAUUAUAUACACAAUUUUAUACGUUACAAACACAAAAGUCUAUUGAAUUCGCAAUAACUGCAAGGUCACAAAACAGGUUUACAAAUUUUGAAAAACAAAUAUGUAACGAGUUUUACAUGCAUAUUCUAAAAGGAGCUUUAGGCUUCAUUUACAUUGGUGAGACUUGUAUUUAUGACAUCGAAUACUAGUGUGAAUGCGGCCUUAUACACGUAUAUAUAAUGUGGAUAUACAUUAACCAUACUCCGUGUAGUGACGUCAUGACAAAGGAGUGUAUGAAGUCUAUACUAGUCCCAUUGCAAGUUAAAUAAUGUUUUUUGCAUAAAAUGUUCCUGUACCGGCGUAAUAGUGGUUUUUUAUAAGGUUAAUCGUAAGUUUUACUAUUUAAUGUUAGAACAGAUAUAUAGUACCUAUGUACAGACGGCCGCGUAGCCGACUGGAGUUUGAAAGAUUAUAUUUUUUUACAAAUGGUGCUACCGUUUUCUGUUUUUAGACAAAUAGCUUGUCCGCUCUUGUACAGCCAUGUAGGUAAAGGUGUAUCGCGUAGGCACCAUAUCACAAGCGAUUUAGUAUAGUAAUAUCACCACACCACAAACAAAUGUAUGAUUAAAUUUUAGAUGUAGUUAUAGCUUUUGUAACUUGCAACGCUAUUAGGCAAUUUACAGCCUUAUGAUAUGCUGGUAUGGUCGAUUUUGCUGUGGAUUGCCUCGUAUUGUAUUGUCACAGAAGAUUCGACAGAGUAACAGCUUCGUACGUUUACCAACUAGUAGUCGAUAAGCGUUGGCGGGGUCGCCAUGUGAAGCUGAUACUCUGUAAGUUUUCUGUGACUAAUUUUUAAUAUCACAAUGUAAGAUCGUAUUUUGCAAUUCGUCAAUGUAACGGAGCGUGCCACUGCCGGCUGCGGCCGGCGUUCGUUGUUGAAUGUCUCGUUUUUGGUACGUUACAUUUUGUUUACUUUCAUAUUAUAUUGUAAAUAAAAAUAAAAGCUUUGGAUUUG